AUCUGUGGGGUCGCACAGAGUCAGACACGACUGACACAACUUAGCAGCAGCAGCAGCCCAAGGGACCAGGGGACUGUAGGAGCCAGGCUUGAGGCCAGAGUUUCAACAGUCUUUGUCCAGGCGGGGGCCCACCUCCCUCCCUGCAUCCAGGAAACCAGGGUAGAGGUCUAGGGAGUGGCCCCGCAGGCCAGGGGCUAGGUCAGGAGGACUCUGGCUUCCCAGAGGGAGGAGGAAGCAGAGAGAAGGUUAACUUUUCACGGAGGUUUCCACAGAGGUUUCACGGAGAUCCAGGGAAGACCUUCCAACAACUCCAAGGCUGCUGAGCAAACAAGUGCCGCAACUCAUAGAAUCCACUGGGCUCAUUACUUUCUUGCCAACCUGGCAGUUUGAGGUGUGUUCUUGGGAGAUGAAGACCUUAAGUAUCACACCUUUCAAUCUAGAGAUUUCAUCUAUUGGAGAAGACACCUCAAGAAGGACUCUCUUCAGCCUCCCUGGAAAGGCCCCAACUGCUGCUAACCUCCCCUUGUGCUGCCAAACUCCAGAGAACAGACUCUUGGAUUCAUGUAACGCAUCUAAAGAAAGCACCAGACCCUGACUGGACCUGCACACCAUCUGGUGACCUGAAGGCCUGUGUGUACACCUCAUCCCCCGCAGCCAUGGCCCUGGUCAGCAUCAACCAGCUGCCUGAGAACAUCCUGCUGGAGGUGUUCACGCACGUGCCCGCCCGCCAGCUGCUGCAGAACUGCCGCCCCGUGUGCUGCCUCUGGCGCGACCUCAUUGACCUCGUGUCCCUCUGGAAGCGCAAGUGCCUGCGGGAGGGCUACGUCACCGAGGACUGGGACCAGCCUGUGGCCGACUGGAAGGUCUUCUACUUUCUGUGCAGUCUCCGCAGGAACCUGCUGCGCAACCCGUGUGCUGAAGAGGAUAUGAGAUCCUGGAAAAUUGACUCCAACGGAGGGGACCAGUGGAAGGUGGAGAGCCUCCCUGGAGCACAUGGCAUAGACUUUCCUGACUCCAAAGUCAAGAAAUACUUUGUCACGUCCUAUGACAUGUGUCUCAAGUCCCAGCUGAUAGACCUCAAAGCCGAGGGCUACUGGGAGGAGCUACUGGACAAGUUCCGGCCGGACAUCGUGGUUAAGGACUGGUUUGCCGCCAGAGCAGACUGUGGCUGCACCUACCACAUCCGAGUACAGCUGACCUCAGCCGACUACCUCGUCCUGGCCUCCUUCGAGCCCCCGCCCGUGACCAUCCACCAGUGGAAUGAUGCCAAGUGGACAGAGGUUUCCCACACCUUCUCGGAUUACCCUCCAGGUGUCCGCCACAUCCUCUUUCAGCAUGGGGGCAAGGACACCCAGUUCUGGGCAGGCUGGUAUGGGCCCCGCGUCACCAACAGCAGCGUCGUCAUCAGCCACAGGGUGACCAGGAACCCGCCCCCUGCCGUGGCGCAGCCCUAGACCUUGCAGAGGCCAGAGGAGGCACCCCACCUGCCCUCCGCACUCCAUCUCCACAAGCCAUCUGACUGUCCUCUGACAGCCAUCCAUCCGUCCUCUGCCUGGGCCAGUCGAGUGCCAAAGGUCCCCUGCAGGCAAGAGCUGAGCCUGUAGGGGGCAGCCCCCGCUCUGACCUGCGGCAAACCCAGCUUGCGAACUUACUGUCAGGUAGCUCUGACUUUUUUGUUGUAAUAAAUGUUUUCAGCA